UGGGGUGAACACUGAACGGGCGAAUUUUGUACAUUUUCUAAGUAUUAUGCGUAAAAUUUAGUUUUUAUACAUCAAUUCGCGGAUUUUUACACUGAAAAGUGACGUAGUUUAGGCUAUAGAAUAACGGCAGACACGCGGGUGAUAAUAUUUUGAAGGCGCGAACGGAGACCGAUGUAGCGCGCCGUUUCCGUAUCGAUUUUCUCGUAUGCUGCAUUAUAUUACUUUUUAAAUCGUGAAUGCGGACUGCAAAUAUAUCGACACCAUGCGUUUAACGCUCGCGAGUUUCGUUACUGAAUCUAGAUAAUUAAGUGUUAUUCCGUAGUCGCAACGCUAGAAUUUAUUAUAAGUCAACGCCAUACAAAGCAAAGAUGAGCAAUAAUGUAAUUUUAAGAAGUUAGAUAAUAGUUGUUCGAUUGAGUAGCGAUUGCCUCGCCAAUGGUCGUGUCUCCACUGUUCUGGGAAUGGUUCAACGUUUGGCUUAUUCAAUUUUUGAAAAAUCUGUAUCAUGAAAUUAAGAUGGUAGCGCUAAGAGGUGGGAAUAGUUCGUACAGCAGCGUGCCGCACGGCUGCGGCUACCACGGCGGACAGCAUGCCACCAUCGAAGUGUCGUCGAGCCUGCAGCCCGCGCUCGGCGUGCCGCACGGGCCCGUGGGCCACCUGCUGCCGGCCCACAACCACGUGACGCACAUGGGCCACGCGCCGCACGCCGCUCACGCGCCCCUUGCGCACGCCAACCACAUGGGUCACUCCGGCCACGCCGCCCACCCCGACCACGUCGCGCAGAAGUCCCUGGGCGGCGGCGGCGGUGGUGGCGGCGGCAGCCAUUUGAAGUCGAUGGGCCUCGGGCACGCCAACCACGGACAAGCCAGCACUCAGAGCCACAACGGGCACGGCGGCCACUCGACGCAUGGGUCGCAUGCGGGCCACGCGCUGCACGCCGGCCAUGGUGGCCACGGGGGCCAGCUGAGCCACAAGGCCGUGCAGUUCAUGCAGCCGACGCCGACCGGCAAGCCGGAGCCGAGCUCUCGCCACUCCAACACUAGCCGCUGCUCGCAAUACAGAGCAUCUCAAUCUAUGCCGAUCCCAGGAGCGGGGGCGGAGUGCUACCACCCCGCGGGCGCGGCCCCGUACAUGGCGGGCUCCGGGCAGAACCAGGCGAUGAGGACACAAGCGGCGCCGCAGCCAUCCGCGCCGCCACCGCCUGAAAUGUCCAAGAACAACAUGGCCGGCCACAAUUACGUGUCGCCUCCCAACGCGACGCCGCCAGCGAGACCGCAGUACCCCAACUUCCAGUAUCGGCCGGCUGCCCAACACUCCACGAGGCCUAGCACGCACGCAAGACAGCAGCAGCCGUUCAUCCCGGGGGCGGGCGCCGGCGCCGGCGGGCCCGUGAUGUACCACCCCACGCUACUGUUCCAGCCCACGCAUAUGGCCAUCCCGCAGAGCUACCAGCCGCCGCGCUCCACCGCGCCCGGGUACUAUCCCUACAUGCCCUUCAUCAGCUAUUCAACACCAACGGGUCACACAUCACCGUACUACUACCCGAACGGGCAGGGCGUGGCGGGCGCGGGGGCGGGGCGGGCGAGCGCGCCGCUCGUGCCGCCGGCCACCGCCGCGCCCGCGCUGCCGCACCAGCCGACGCCGCACAUGCCCAUACCCGGUAUCCGACAAGGCCCAGCAAAGCGUACGUCCCACCGCCUGCCUAUCAUCAACCCAGUCACUAGACAAGAUAUAUUUACGGAGUUGUAUUCUAGUGAUAGUCAAUACGUGAGCGGAGAGUCCAGUGAGAGGCAAACGCCGCAACCGCAGGAGAACUCGCAGAGUAUCGUGGAGGAGUUCAACCGGAUGGUGAGCGAAGCUGCCAAUCAGCCAACGAACUGCGAAAUCGCUGCCAAAUCGAACUUUGUACCUAAAAGUAACGAAGUGCCUGCAACAACCGCAAGCCCGACGCAACCUCAAGCAAAUGCAAUAAAUUCUAUUAAUAAUAAUAUAGUAAAGUCUGAUAUAUUAAAUGAUAAUAAGAAUAUAGGACCCGAAGUAGAAGUGGAGACGCCAAUCGUGUCGGCGAUUUCCGACAGUCCUGUUAUAGUGCCUAAAAUGACAAACGUUAAACACCAAAAGAGUAGUGAAACUCAAUCUAUAGCCGUAGAUAGUAAAACGCAGAAACCGAAACAAAAGAAACCGAACGUGCCUCAGAAUGAAACUCACAAGCAAUCAGAUGUAACGCAAGCCCAAGCGGCGGAGUCGGCGCCGGAGCCGCAGCCGCAGCGCGUGCGCGAGCCGCGCGAGCGCGCGCGCGCCGACGGGCCCGAGCCGGGCGGCGCCGCCCCCGCGCCCGACGCGCCCGUCGCCCCCGCGCCCGCGCCCGCGCCCGCGCUCGCGCCCUCCGCCGCGCCCUCCGCGGCGCCCGCGUCCGCGCCCGCGCCCGCCGCCGCCGCGCCCAGCGGGCCCGCGCCGAACGGGCCCGCCGCUGUGGUGAUUAGUUCGGCUGAUAGUACACCGGAACCUAUCAACCUACCAACUAGUCAAAACAGUCUAGUUAAUGUAACUGAAACUAUACAAAAGGGAGUUACAGAAACUCCGACAUUAGAGACUGAACCCGAAGCAGAUGUGAAGGCGGACAUUUUAGAAAAUAGUGAGACAUUCCCAGUAUCCCAAACUCCUACUGCCUCUCAGCUAUUGUCAAGUAUUGAGAAGGUUGCUAAAGAGCAAUCAGCCUUGUUAGAGUCCACUGAAGAGGAGCAGAGUGCCAGUCAGGCUCAAGCCAAACUCACUCAAAGUAUAGUUAGUGCUGCUCGAAACAAUCCUGAAUCUAAAAUGAAGGAUAUUAAUCUCAAUAAUACAUCACCAGAUCCUGACACUGCCAAUGGAAACAUGACUGAAGUAGCUGAAACUGUGAAAGAUGUUAACAAAAAUGAAAAGUCAAUAAAGAAUGCAAAGAAUAAUAGUAAGAAAAAUAAAAACACUAGCUCCGAGUCUAGUGCUAAGGAAGAAACAUAUGAAAAUGGUAAAGAUGAGACUGACAAAGUUAGUAACGUAGAGCCUGAGCAAUUGGAGAAGGAUGAGGAGCUUUCCGACAAAGGUGAAGCUCCUGCGACCCCUGCCUUUGUUCCUAAACACAAGUAUAGUGAUGAUCAAUGGUCCCCUAUGAAUCCCGCUGGCAAGAAGACUUAUGACAUCAGAUUGUUGAUGCAAAUCAAAGAUGAUCCCUUAUGCCGAAAUAAGCCCAACGCGCCAUUACUUGAAUCUUGCAACAUAUUGAGGACUAUGCAGCUUCAAGACUCUGUGGUGUCGUUCAACCAGAUCUCAAGACCUGUGAAUGAUUCCCUCUUCCCCAAUUUCCUCAAAAACACCAAUCCGAAUAUGCGCAGCACACUUCCACGUGAUAACAAGAAGGAAGGCAGGAAUGCUGUUCCUACUGGUAAAGGAAGCAUGAAAUUGAGUUCUUCGUCCAGCGCGAGCGGCGGGCGGAAUAUCUUCAUCUCGUUGCGCGAAGAGGUGAAACUCAAUGAGACCAAGGAUGCUUGGAAGCCGUCCAGGUUGAAGAAGGAGAAUCUUAGCAAGGAUGAACUUAAAACUCAGGAGCUGUACAAGAAGUUCCGCGGCAUCCUCAACAAGCUGACGCCGCAAAAGUUCGACACGCUGCUCGAGAAGGUGAAGUCGCUGGAGAUCGACACGCAGAUGCGGCUCGAGGGCGUCAUCGACCUGGUCUUCGAGAAGGCGAUCGACGAGCCGAACUUCUCCGAGGCGUACGCCGCCAUGUGCAACAAGCUCUCCACGCUCAAGGUUCCCGCCGCAAACUCGCCGGACCAGUGCGUGAACUUCCGCGCUCUCAUCAUCAGCAAGUGCCAGAACCAGUUCAUCACCGCCAAGACUGAUGAGAACGUCAUGAAGCUGGAGAAGGAGAUCGCCGAGUGCACUGAUUCCGCAAAGAAGAAGGAGUUGGCGUUGCAGCUGGAGGAAAUAAACCGUCGCGUGCGCAUGCGCUCCGUUGGCAACGUUAGAUUUAUUGGUGAGUUGUACAAACUGAAGAUGCUGACCGCCAAGAUCAUGGUGUUCUGUAUGAACCACCUGAUCGAGAAACUCGAGGAGGAGAAGCUGGAGUGCCUCUGCAAGCUGCUGACGACCAUCGGGCAGCAGGUCGAGAGCGAAGUGAAGGAACAGCUCGAGGCGAUAUUCAAGAUGAUGCAAGACAUCAUCGCGGACAGGAAAGCGAACAAGAUCAGCAGUCGGGUCCGCUUCAUGAUACAAGACGUGAUCGAGCUGCGAAGGAGGAAGUGGGUCGCCAAGAACGUGAUCGACUCGCAGCCCAAGAUGAUGGAUCAGAUCCAAAAGGAAGCCGAGCAGCAGCAAAGGCAUAUUGAGCUGAUGAACGCGUCGCCGAUGGGCGGCGGCGGCGGCGGCGGUGGCGGGUUCCGGCGCGAGGAGGGCGGCGGCCGCAAGCGCGGCGAGGGCCGGCGCCAGGGCGGCAACAACUUCAACGAGUCGCCGUGGAAGCCCACGCCCAGGGCCAACUUCACCGUCGACACCAACAAGCUCAAGAUGACCGCGCAGAAGAACCUGAGCAACAUAAAGCUUGGGCCACCAAACAAUGUGUGGAACCAGGGAUCCAGCACCAAGAACACGUCAGCCAGCAACUCGAGCAUAAGUCUGAACAAGAACAUGUACAGCAUGCUGGAGAUUGUACAGGCGGACCCAACUUCUGUUAGAGCAAACAAAGAUUUAACGCCGGGCGGAUAUCAACACUCGAAAUCAAUCGAGAGGUCCACAUUCAAUUCUCGCGGUGAUUUCAACGCAGCGGGUCGGUCCGGCUCAUCGGGCGGCGGGCGCUCGAGCUCCGGGUCGCGCACGCCGACGGCCGCGCCGCCGCCGGAGCCCGCGCCCGCGCCCGCGCCGGCCCCCGCGCCCGUCGCGCAGGAGCCGCUGCCCGACAGCAUGAAGAAGCGCGUAAAGCAGGUGGUCGACCUGUGCUUCAUGAACCCCGACGACGACGAGAUGGUCGAGGAGAUCAAGCUGCUGCCGCCGCAGCACCACGCCGCCAUCAUCACCGAGAUGAUCGAGGUGGUCCUCGAGAAGAACGCGAAGGAGAUCAGUCAGUUGUCGAAGUCGGUGUUGCACGUGGUGAGCACGGGCACGAUCUCGGCGGAGAACCUGCUGGCCGGGUUCGCGGACAUCUUCGACGCGGCGCCGGACCUAUACAUCGACGUGCCGAUGCUGUACGACUACCUGGCUAAAUUCCUCGCGCCGCAGAUUGAGAAGAAGCACAUAACCCUUGAACAAGUGCACCGGUCCUGCGAGACGAUCAUAUCCGCCAAUCACGGCCACUUACUGCUGCGGGCCAUCUUCAAAGAGCUCAAGGAGUCGAUGGGACCCACAUUCACUAAGACCAAGUGGCAGGAAUCUGGCUUGCAGUUCAAACAAUGGAUGAAUGAGGAUCAGGUGGCGAAGUGGAUCGAGGACAACCGGUUGCAGUACGUGGAGGGCGGCGAGACGACCGGCGGCGAGCGCAUCGUGACGCCCGACGAGACGCAGGACAAGCUGCUGCAGCUGAUGAACGCGGACGAGAGCUGCGACUGCCUGCGCGGUUGGGUGCAGGACAACAUCGGGCUGUCGAGCGGCGAGGGGUGGUUCCUGCGCGCGCUGACGACGGCGGCGGUGACGCACGCGCUGGGCGGGCGCGCGGGCCCGCUGGCCGGCGAGCGGCUCGGCAAGUACGCGCCGCUGGUGGGCGAGUACGCGGCGGGCCGGCUGCCGCGCGAGGUGGCCUGCCUGCUCGCCGUGCAGCGCCUCGUGCACCGCCUCGAGCACCCGCAGGGGUUAACGUUAGAUAUAUUCCAAUACCUACACGAGCAGUACAUAAUUUCGGUUGAGGGUUUCAUAGCGUGGGAGCUUUCGGAAAAUGAACCAGAAGGAAAAGCGGUGAUGCUAAAAGCGCUGACGUCGUUCUUCACGAACAUCCGGGAGGCGGACAUCGAAGACUCUUGCAGCGAGGCCUGACGCGGGCGCUUCGCCCUCGAGGCGCUGCCCUUCCUCCACGCAAGCCACAUGUACCACAUCUACAUAUAUUAGCUUCGCCAUGGGAUACUCUAGUUCAGUCGCCGUGCAUACGUGCACUUCAUGAUAAAACCCAAAUGUAAUUUAUUUACACUAUAUUUUUACUUGCGUGAAACAUAUAUUUACUAGAUCCAAUCAGAGACAGAGCUUUCCGACUAAUAUAUCUUUAUAUAGUUCACUGUUUAGAGAGAUGCGUGGUUUUAUAUAGACUAGGUGCGUUACAUACGAUACGCACCGACUUACUUGUAACGAGUAGCUUCUCUUCGUGAAACUUCACGUCCUUCUACACUGUGAGAGUCAAGUGCUUAGACGUCGAUGUAUCAGGUGAUACCGUGUUCAAUGGAAACAAGCAAUGCUUCUCUUUACGACUGUCAAAUUCGAACGAUUUCUUCCACGACCGCUUUGUUUAUGUGAUAAAUAUAAAAAUAACUUUGUUAUUUUUUAAUGUUACAUGGCUUUUAUAAAUUCUAUAUUUAUAAGAAAGUAUAAUAUCCGAAAAUAUGCGUUAUUUUGUUAUAUAGUAUUAAAUAUACAAAAGUAGAUUAAAUAAUAGCAGCAGCAGCUGUAGCGCGUCCGCUGCGCAGAACUAGAGGUCCCGCGGCGCCACUUGUUAUACACUUUUAUACGUUCGGGGCUUGGGGUACAUCGCUUUCGUACAGAUAACUUUAAUAUUGUUAAACCACUUUUAUACGCGGAUUUUUGUUGGAUCGUUUCCCGCGAUCGUACGACAUAGGACCUAGAUAAUGUACGAGUCGUGGCUCCGUUGAAAUAUUUUUCGGUCGGAGGUCGUGGGGCGUAGUGUAGCCGUAGCUCGCCCGCCCUCCGGCCGGUGUAUCAUAUUCCCUAGCAAUAAUGGUGUUAGUUAUUUAUACUGAGUUGUCUAAAGCCUAGAUCGUCUUAGAAAUCGACAAUCAUUCUAUUUUACCGGUUGCGCCAAAUCAUUUUAACAUUAAUGUAUUGACUCAUUUAUACACUAGCGAAAAUCAUGAGAUGCGACGAUGCGACAAUUUGAAAGUGAAUGUAUUGAUGAAUUGUAAUCCUUUGAUUAUAUUGAUAAUUUUUAUCGAUCCGAUAUCUAGUCUGCGAAUUUACGUUCGCGAGUCGAUUUUAUCCUUUUUACACGGCCUUUGCCUUAACUUGUAUCCCGUGACAUUGUUUGAUCCAUUUUAACAACAGUAAUCGUUCUAAAUAAAUUUACAAUAUAAUGAAAGUGAGAAAUUUUUAAUUUUAUUUAUAUACCCUUAAUUAUGACAACAAUUAUACAAGGAUACAAUAUCAUUUUUUUUAAAAAUUGUACAAAAAGAUAUUAACAAGUACAUAAUUACAAAAAUUCAAAUAAAAUUUGACAAUGAAAUAAUGCAUGUUCAAUCCAAAGCUUGAUUUAAAUUUUAAAAUUAAAAAUGAGAUAAAAAAAACAACAAAUAUAUCAUUGUCUCACCAACACAUUAUUAAAAUGCUUGAGUAUUGGUGAGUCACUUUUUUGCGAUAAUGCGUUUAGGAUUCCUUAAAAUAGUUAGGCAGGAAUAUCUCUGAAAGAUCAGAGUGUUAUAUAAUAUAUAAAGUAUAUAAAUUACCGAACGUUAGGAACAAUAUAUAACACCAGCUGUUUUAUAUACUGAAUGCUCGAAAGGGCUUAGAUUUUAAAAAGAUUAUAUUAUAUUAUUGCUAUAUUUAAUAUAUUAUGAUGUAUAUCACACUGUUUCGAUUUUAGAAAUAUCGAUGCUAAUGAAAUAAUGAUAAAAUGUAAAAAAAAUAUAGAUUCAUUUACGUCUUGAAUGUUCGUUAGUAGCAUAUAAUUAGUAGUAAUUGAGAAUAUUUUAUUACGAGAGGUUCAUUGCUUUUAUACAUAUGUGUAAAAAGAAUGUUAACGGUUGUUUGUAAAGUUGUUUAUCGAGCGUCGGCUGCGGCCGCUCGGUGUUAUUGAUGAGUUGAGUUUGGUGCGGCGCGACACCCGGCACGCGCUACCGCAGACUGACGCCGGCGGCGCCGCACGUUGAAACCAAUUGUAACCCAUAAGCAAUUUCAUUGUUCACAUUUUGAAUUGUAUAUAAAGUAUAACGUAGUGAAAUUGUAUUUUAAUAUUAUGCGACCGUUGCGUUAUUUUUGUAACAUUUUAAUGGUAAAUUCGCGUUACACAGGAUAUUAUACAGCAUGCACUCCUAGAGUUGUAGUUUUAUCUUAUUUUUUUUUUUUAUUUUAAUAUUUUAUUAGUUUGAUAAUGUCGACAGCGCUAGUUAUUCUGUCUCAAACGGGCGAGCGCUCUCGCCUCCCUUCGCAUGUUCAUGCUGGCGCUGAUUUUAUUUUUAUUACUUUAGCUAUUCGUAACAAUUAAUUGUACGUUAUGUAAAUAAAACUUUUUAUGUCAACUAA